UUAACUAACUGAUCUUCUAACAGAAAUAAUAUAUCCGCAUUAGUUUUUUGUGUUUUAAAUGCAUAGAAGUGAGUAGUUGUGUUGUAAGAUCUCUGUGAAUCAAUAAAUUAUUGUAUUCAGUUAUAUUAUUUAUAUUUAGAUACAGUCAUGACAAAAAUGGAAGAACACGGUGUGGUACCAGAUGUAAUUGAUGUGGUUCCAGCAGAUAGUAUCGAGAUUUCGUAUCCAAGUGGAGUGACGGUGAACCAUGGUAAUAUUUUGACUCCUACCCAAGUCAAAAAUGUUCCAACUGUAAAAUGGCCUGCUAAAGACGGUGCCUUAUAUUUACUAUGCAUGACUGAUCCUGAUGUACCAAGCCGUAAAGAACCUACAUUCCGCGAUUGGCAUCAUUGGCUUGUAGGAAAUAUUUCCGGCAAUGAUGUUGCAAAAGGUGACGUUCUUUCGGCCUACGUUGGAUCUGGACCAGCUAAAGAUACUGGCUUACAUCGUUAUGUGUUCGUUGUUUAUCAACAACCUGGAAAAUUAGAUUUUGCUGGAGUACCUCGUUUAACAAACAAAUCCGUCGAUAAUCGUGCAGGUUUCUCAAUUAAAAAGUUUGCUGAAAAAUUCAACUUAGGUCAACCAAUUGCUGGCAACUUUUUCCAAGCUGAAUUUGAUGACUACGUUCCAACUCUAUACAAGCAAUUAGGUGCAGCAUAAAAAUUUUAUUAUAAUUUUGACGAUGUUUUUUUUGUUUAUUUUU